UAUCAAAAUCAAGAACAAUGCAUUUUACCACAUUCUUCUUCUUGUUAUCGGCAGUGUUCGCCAAGAAUAUCUUGAUGUCUAACGAUGAUGGUUUCGCAGCAACAAAUAUUAGAGCCCUUUACAGAGACUUGAAAGCUGAUGGUCACAAUGUUAUCAUGGUAGCUCCAGUUUCCCAGAGAUCCGGAUGGGGUGGGAAGUUCGAUGUUCCUUACACCAAGGACUUGUUGACCGAUGGUGAAUUUGGUUACAGAGUUAAGGGAGACCCUGCUUGGGGAUACGAGCCCGAUGACAUGAACAUCUGGUACUUCAACGGGACCCCAGCAUCUUGCGUUUCUUUCGGGUUGGAAUACGUGAUUCCAAAGUACUUCAGCAACUUCACCGUUGACUUGGUUGUCAACGGUCCUAAUGAAGGUUUGAACUUGGGUCCAGGUACUUACACUGGCUCUGGUACUAUUGGUGCCACUUACAAUUCGGUUUACCACGGUCUUCCAGCCAUCGCAAUUUCUGCUUCCAAUAGCAACAACUCCUUCUAUAAGGACUCUUUGGAUGACGACCCAACCAACCCAGCCAACAUCAAUUCCAAGGUGUCGGUUAAGUUGAUUGACGAACUCUUCAAAGCCCAAGGUGACAAUUCCAGAGUGUUACCAUUAGGCGUGGGUUUGAACGUUAACAUUCCAUUGGUUGGUUCUCAAUCCGUCAACGGAAGCUGUACCUCUCCCAAAUUUGUUUUCAGCAGAAUUACUGGUUUGGACUCUGAUGUCUCCAAGAUUACCUACAACGAAACCACCGGUUUGGUUGGAACCACCUACGUCUAUGAAGAAGCCUUAAGAACCUGUUACAAUGGUGACUGUUCUUUGCCAUCUGAAGCUGCUGUGUCGCAAGAAUGGAACUGUUCCACUGCUGUAUCUGUUUUCCAGAUUGACUACGAUGCUACUUUGGUGUUACAGAGCCAAGUCCAGGGAUUGCUACACGAACUUUUCUAGAUAGAUACCCAAAUUACCUAAAAGUUUCCUUUGUUUCCGUUAAACUUUCGAAUAUUGUAGUUUAAUAAAAUCUUAUUGUCUA